CGAACGGCCAACAAUGGAACCCUACACUGAGCAAGGUUCGCCAUGCUCUUGGCCGGUUUUUUAAUCUAAUCCAAUAAUCGUUAUAAGCAAUGAUCUGUUAAAAACAUUGAUUAAUCGCCAAGCAAACCUGGACAACUAUUUCACGUAAAGAAAUAAUGGCAGUAAGACUAUUAAUCAUGCUAUGUGGCUUGAAAUUAGUUAUUGGGGAACAUGAAGGUUUCAUAGUCGGAGGUGAUUAUGUGGAUUCUGUUAAAGAUUUCCCUCAUGUCGCUGCUUUGUAUAUAUAUCAUAGUGAGGGAGAGGGAGACAAUUUUUGUGGAUCGUCCAUAUUGAACCAAAAGAUUUUGUUAACUGCUGCUCACUGUCUGCUUGAUGACGUCGUGAAAGUAACAGCAUUUGUGGGAAGCUUAGACAAGAAGAUGGGAAAACUACACCGCAUUGACCGCUACCAGAUACACAAACGAUGGGAUAUAAACACUGCCAGUAAUGACAUAGCCUUAGUUAGGCUGAAGAAACCGCUGUCACUCGGGACGGAAGUGAAGAGAGUGAUAUUAAUGAAGAAACCGCCAAAAGUAAAAAUAGCUGAAGUGGCUGGUUGGGGCGUAACUGACGAAGAUUACGAAAGUGAAACAGAACUACUUAAACAUACAAAACAGAAAGUGUGGACUCUUAAUGAGUGCAGAAAAGUCUUGCCCAGAGCACCCAAAGGAACUAUUUGCGGCGGCGAGAAAAACUCGAAGAAAGAUUACGCUUCUAAUGGAGAUUCCGGUAGUGGCCUCGUUGUUAACAAAAAAAUUAUUAUCGGAAUAGUCUCCUACAAACUCACUGAAGUUUCGCGCAGCCUGGUGGUCUACACGGACGCCGCUUACUUCUACGAUUGGAUUUUGGUCGAAUCGAGACGAUUAGCAUGCUCUCAAUAAAGAAACAAAGAUGUAGGUGUAGGUAUUUAUUUAAAGUUUUAAUAAAUAAAAUU